GAGGCUCACCAAAACGAGCCACAAAAACAGCCAUUUCCUCUAGGUGGGGAGGUGGGGGGGCCUUUUCCUCACCGCAGUGGCUGUUCUCGCCCGGCACUCACAGCUCGGCUCUUCGGAGAGGGACAGGGCAGAGCAACCUUCUCGAGAUAAUCCAGACUUGCAGAUCACUUUUGGGAUGACCGCAUUCCCCUCUGGCUCGGCUCGGCUUUGAGAGGAUGAUAUCUGUCACCAUUUGUAGGAUAUUCUGAAGUUUGCACCCAAACCUAGGCUUUUGGAGCAGCACUGGUUGGCUUGGAGGACCCAGCGCUCGGCAGGCUACAGGGAGCAUCCCAUCCCACCUCUGCCCCACCUCAGCUCAGGCUCUCCUGCCCCGAGACUGUAUUCUGUCUGGAUUCACCCCAUCCAACACGGAAUGGACCUCCCCGUCAUCCAGUUCACCACGAGACUGGCAUUACUUAUCAAAGUGCAAGAAGGCGGAUAAGUCAACGCUGGAAAGGACAUAACAAAGCUUAUUUGCGUUCUUAUUUUAUGGAAUUCUCCUAUCUACCUCACAAAAUUCUCAUUUCCUCGGUCAGAAAUCCCUCAGGAAUUGACUUCAAGAAUGAACGGUGAUGUCCUCUAGCGCCCCGUAACACCCAGCGCAGCCGCCUGUUCCCAGCCCAAUUUCAAUGUGCUGUAGCUGACUGGGACCUUGUGUUGUCUGCGAUUAGAGUCUGGCAGCAAGCUGACAGUCAGAUAUGACUGUCCAGAAACUGGUAGCCACAGCUGUGUUGGUAGCUCUGGUCUCACUCAUCCUUAACAACGCGGCUGCCUUUACCCCCAACUGGGUAUACCAAACGCUGGAGGACGGGCGCAAGCGCAGUGUGGGGCUCUGGAGGAUGUGCUGGCUGGCAGAACGGAGCAGAGGGGGUGCAAGCACCAGUGCCAGGCACGGGCAAGGGGAGGAGCAGGAGUGUGAAGCCCUGGGCUGGGGUUCAGAGUCGGCUGGGUUCCAGGAGUCACGCAGCACUGUCAAACUGCAGUUUGACAUGAUGCGUGCCUGCAACCUCAUUGCCACGGUAGCUCUGACUGCCGGCCAGCUCCUCUUCGUCCUGGGGCUGAUGGAGCUCCCCAUCAUCUCCCAGGAUACUCAGUGGUGGGAGGAGGCCAUAGCUGCUGUGUUCCAACUUGCCAGUUUUGUUCUGGUUAUCGGACUGGUGACGUUCUACCGUAUUGGACCAUACACCAACCUCUCAUGGUCCUGCUACCUGAACAUCGGAGCCUGCCUUUUGGCCACACUGGCAGCUGCUGUUCUAAUCUGGAAUAUCCUCCACAGGCGUGAGGACUGCAUGGCACCCCGGGUCAUCGUCAUCAGCCGCACUCUGACCGCUCGCUUUCGCCAGGGCUUGGAAAAUGACUAUGUUGAAUCACCAUGCUGAAAGAGCACACUUGAAAGGCAAAAGAUCUCCAAGGAGAUCUGCAUUGGAGUUAUUUUCUAUAAAAAUAUGCUAUAAUUUAAGGGUUGAAAGACAUCACAAUGUUCACUUGUGUGGGCAGAGGCCCUCAAUCAUUAUUCAGAUGGGCUCCAUCUAUAUACAUAUGUAUAAAACACAUAAUUUUAUAUAUAUAUAUAUAUAUAAAUAUAUAAAAUAUUAUAUUGCACUCUCCUUCUACUGUACAGUACAGAAUUGUUGGGUUGGCUGCAUGGCAGCAGGGUCAGCUGGAGAAGAUACCAAGUGUGCGCAAUGAGAAUACAGGAAAGAGGGAACCAAACACAUUUUCUCUGUCUGUAUCAAGUUCUUCUGCUCCUUAAAAAUAAAACAAAAAGCUAUAGACCAGUGACAAUAGCUUGAGAGUUAACAGGCAAUCUGCAAAAGUAGAAAACUCAUUAGAGAUUAAGUGAUGGGUUUAAAAGCUGUCUAAAUUUCAUGACUUCUAGUCCUUCUAUUCACCUCUCUACAAGGAAUGGAUUCUCAUUAGCUGCAACACCUGCUCCCAGUCCCACAACAGACCAGAGAGUAAAAAACAAAAGGGCAACUCUAUCUAUUCUCAUGUAAAGAAAGGGAUUGCAGAAGAAUUAAGUUGCAUUUCUUUCAAACAUUUCUUUUGUGUCCUGAGACACAGGUUUGCUAGUGUCCUAUGCAUAAACAGACAUUAAAAAUGAGAAGGGUACGCAGCUAGAAGAGGCCACACAUGCUGCUGAAAAAAAUGUUUCAAUAUUAUAUUGAGGGAGAAUGUCCACAAGAGGCUACCAGAACUCCCUAAUAAUCAGAUAUAUGAUUAAAAUACAUUGUUGGGAAUUAUUAUAAGAAAGAAAUAUUCCAGCCCAAAUUGGUUUAUUUUGUCUCCAGCUAGUUAUAACAUUUGCUGUGGCAUUAGAAUGCUAUGCUAGGACACCAGCGCUGCCCAGCAAUGCUGAGAGCCACAUAACACAGGGAAUAUUGGAGAAUAUGGUUGCCACUCAAGCACCCAGACGGGAGAAUAAGACAAAUACACAGGACUUCAGGACUUUGAGAUUUAAAAACAACCUGCCUGAUAACUUAAUAUGAAUGAAGUGAAAAAUUAAUGCCUUUAGAAUUAGGUAUAAUGUUUACAAGCCUUACCCUGAGAAGCACAUGGCCUCAUAAAAGUCAUACGCAUAUAAUUUUCAGAAAGAAAAACAACACGUCAAAAACUAUUAUGCAGGAAUAUGUGGGAUACAGGAACCUGAGGCAGUGACAGGUGUGUAAGUGCUCUCAGAAUGCUGCUAUGAGCACAAUUAGUGAUAGGUUUGAGGGACCAUGAGCUAUGAAUGUUACAAAUUCCUUAGGACUGUUGUGCUGCUCCUAACUGAGUACACUGCUUUGCUUCUUUUUUCACGAUUCCUACACUUUGUUAAAAUAUGAUCAUCAAGCUGGCUCUUGAGUUCUGUUCUGCACUCAGUUUGGAUGUGAUAAGAAACUCAACCCCAACUGCUGCUUUGCACCACGUUCCAAAUGAGCAACACUCCAUAGAGACUGAUACUCUAGAACAACUGCACUGCUCUAGACUGUCAGGGGAAAUAUCAUAAAGCCAACAAAGAGUUUCUUCUAGCAGUAGGUUUGUAAAAACCAAAUAAGAUUAGUAUUCAUCAGCCUGCAUUAAUUUUCUGGGAAAAAAAAAAGAAUUCCAGAAAUAAUAUGUUAUUAUUAAAUGCAGCGGUUUUUUACAUAAAAUAUUGGAGUAUUUAAGAGACAUUAUAUUAGUUCCUCUAAUAUUGCAAUAUCCAUAUUAUAAUAAUGUACAUGCAAAUUUAAAAAUCAGCUAUGUGGUUGGUAAAUCUGUAACACUCAGUAUUGAUGUGAUUAUUUUAGGUGUAUAAAUAAAAUUGUGAAUGUUCAUUUUCUUCUAGUGAUGACCUUUUUGCCAUUCAGACACAGCAUAAGGUUGCAGGUUAUCAGUAAUUCUUUCUCUUUUAGCAAAAAAUAAUCCAUAAUGUAUUAUAGACAAAGAAUGAGCAGAGAAUGCAUUAAAAUAUCUGUGAGAUAAA